CCAGCCGCUGGGGAGCGGUGCUGCCCCAGGGCCAAGGGUGGAGCUUUCCUGGUAGGGAAAGGGCUGGGCCCAGCCUACAUGUGAGGGCAGGACAAAGUGACGGACGGCGGUCCCCUGAGAGGUCUGGGUGACAAACACUGCCGGCCUGAUUCCCGGGUUCCCCCUGCAACUCUGAGCUGCGGAUCACGGAGUACCCCAGAUUCUCGGAACUCAAUCCCGGAUUUCAGAUCCUCAGGACCUUGCAAGUCUGAGCUCAGAUUUCUCCCUGGACUCCAGAUUUCCGGAACAGGACGUCCGACUGAUCUCCAGAUCCCGUAGGAGAUUCUCGGAUCUCGACUGGAUUCCCAAUCCCGAGAUCCCUGGAUCCACCGCCCCAGCCUCGUGUCCUGCCCCAGUUUCCCAGGACCCGGCACGCCGCGCCUGAGCGCCCUCGCAUGGCGGGGCAGUGCACCGGGUCCGGGACCUUGGAGCGAGCGGGCAGUUGCUGGCAGGACCCGCUGGCCGAAGCGCUGAGCCGGAGCCGGCCGCUAGCUACCCCACCAGGCCGGAGCUGCGCUCGGAGCCGGCCUCUCAGCGUGGUCUACGUGCUGACCCGGGAGCCGCGGCCCGGGGUGGAGCUUGGGGCGGGAACCCAGGCGGAGCCGCUGCCUCUCCGUUGCCUGCGCGAGGCUUGCGCGCAGCUCCCAGGGCCACGGCCACCGCCACAGCUGCGCAGCCUGCCCUUUGAGACCUUGGCCCUGGGAGACACGGCCGCGAUGGACUCCUUCUACAACGCGGACGUGGUGGUCCUGGAGGUGAGCAACUCCCUGGCACAGCCCUCCCUAUUCUACCACCUUGGUGUGCGUGAGAGCUUCAGCAUGACCAACAACGUGCUCCUCUGCUCCCAGGCCGAGCUCCCUGACCUGCAGGCCCUCAGAGAGGAUGUUUUCCAGAAGAAUUCGGAUUGUGCUGGUAGCUACACACUGAUCCCCUACGUGGUGACAGCCACUGGUCGGGUGCUAUGUGGUGAUGUGGGCCUUCUGAGGGGCCUGGCUGAUGGGUUGGUUCAGGUUGGGGUGGGCACCGAGGCCCUGCUCACUCCCCUGGUAUGCCGGCUUGCUCGCCUGCUGGAGGCCACUCCUACAGACUCCUGUGGCUAUUUCCGGGAGACCAUUCGGCAGAAUAUCCGGCAGGCUCGGGAGAGGUUCAGUGGGCAGCAGCUGCGGCAAGAGCUGGCUCGUCUGCAGCGGAGACUGGACAGUGUGGAGUUGCUGAGCCCUGACAUCAUCAUGAACCUGCUGCUUUCCUACCGUGAUGUGCAGGACUACUCAGCCAUCAUCGAGCUGGUGGAGACCCUACAGGCCUUGCCCACCUGCGAUGUGGCUGAGCAACACAAUGUCUGCUUCCACUACACAUUUGCCCUCAACCGGAGGAACAGGCCUGGGGACAGGGAGAAAGCUCUGAAUGUGCUGCUGCCACUGGUUCAGUGUGAGGGCUCUGUGGCACCCGAUCUGUACUGCAUGUGUGGCCGUGUCUACAAGGACAUGUUCUUCAGCUCUGGCUUCCAGGAUGCUGGGUACCGGGAGCAGGCCUAUCACUGGUAUCGCAAAGCCUUUGAUGUGGAACCCAGCUUGCACUCCGGCAUCAAUGCUGCUGUGCUCCUCAUUGCGGCCGGGAAGCACUUUGAGGACUCUGAGGAACUGCAGCUGAUAGGCAUGAAGCUGGGCUGCCUGCUGGCCCGCAAAGGCUGUGUGGAGAAGAUGCAAUAUUACUGGGAUGUAGGUUUCUACCUGGGAGCCCAGAUCCUUACAAAUGACCCCAUCCAGGUGGUGCUGGCUGCAGAGCAGCUGUAUAAGCUCAAUGCCCCCAUAUGGUACCUGGUGUCAGUGAUGGAAACUUUCCUGCUCUACCAGCACUUCAGACCCACACCAGAGCCCUCUGGAGGACCCCUGUGUCGAGCACACUUCUGGCUCCACUUCUUGCUACAGUCCUGCCAGCCAUUCACGACAGCCUUUCCCAAGGGGGACCAGUGUUUGGUGAGGCCUUUGGGAAUGGGGGAACUGGGAGAGGAUCAAACCCAUUCUGAUGGGACUCCUCAAUUCCACUGCCUGCAGGUGCUGGUCCUGGAGAUGAACAAAGUCCUGCUGCCGGCAAGACUUGAGUUUCAGGGUAUGGACCCUGUCAGGGCAGUGACCCUAAGGCUGCUGGAGCCUGAGACCCAGGACAACCCCUCUAGCUGGACCUUCCCAGUGGCCUCCAUCUGCGGAGUCAGCGCCUCCAAGCGGGACGAGCGCUGCUGCUUCCUCUGUGCUCUUCCUCCGGCUCAGGACGUCCAGUUGUGCUUCCCCAGCGUAGGGCACUGCCAGUGGUUCUGCGGCCUGAUCCAGUCUUUGGCAACGAAUCCAGAUUCCGCGGCGCCCGCGGAGGAGGCGGCGGCGGGUGUAGGGGAGGUGCUGGAGUUUGAUUAUGAAUACACGGAGACUGGCGAACGGUUAGUGCUGGGCAAAGGCACUUACGGUGUAGUGUACGCAGGCCGCGAUCGGCACACGAGGGUACGCAUCGCUAUCAAGGAGAUCCCGGAGCGAGACAGCAGGUUCUCUCAGCCUCUGCAUGAAGAAAUCGCUCUGCACAAACGCCUGCGCCACAAGAACAUCGUGCGUUAUCUGGGUUCAGCCAGCCAGGGCGGCUACCUCAAAAUCUUCAUGGAGGAAGUGCCUGGAGGCAGCCUCUCCUCCUUGCUGAGGUCAGUGUGGGGACCCCUGAAGGACAAUGAGAGUACUAUCAGUUUCUACACCCGCCAGAUCUUGCAGGGACUCAGCUAUCUACAUGACAAUCGGAUUGUGCACCGAGACAUCAAGGGGGACAAUGUGCUCAUCAACACCUUCAGUGGUCUGCUCAAAAUUUCGGACUUUGGUACCUCCAAACGACUGGCGGGCAUCACACCCUGUACUGAGACCUUCACAGGAACCCUGCAGUAUAUGGCCCCAGAAAUCAUUGACCAGGGCCCACGAGGAUAUGGGAAGGCAGCUGACAUCUGGUCAUUGGGCUGCACUGUAAUUGAGAUGGCCACAGGUCGCCCACCCUUCCAUGAGCUAGGGAGCCCACAGGCUGCCAUGUUUCAGGUGGGCAUGUACAAGGUACACCCGCCAAUGCCCAGUUCUCUGUCAGCUGAGGCCCAAGCCUUCCUCCUCAGAACAUUUGAGCCAGACCCCCAUCUCCGAGCCAGUGCUCAAGCACUGCUGGGGGAUCCCUUCCUGCAGCCUGGGAAGAGGAGCCGCAGCCCUGCCUCCCCCCAUCAUGCUCCUCGGCCCUCAGAUGCCCCUGCAGCCAGUCCCAUUCCUUCGGCUGACCCCACCACUCAGUCCCAGACAUUCCCGCAGCCUCAGGCACCCUCUCAGCACCCACCCAGCCCCCCAAAACGCUGUCUCAGUUAUGGGGACACCAGCCAGCUCCGGGUACCGGGGGAGCCUGGGGUCGAGGAGCCUACUUCCCCGGAAGAGAGUUCAGGGCUGAGCCUGCUACAUCAGGAGAGCAAGCGCCGAGCCAUGCUGGCGGAGGUGCUGGAACAGGAGCUGCCAACGCUCGCGGAGAAUCUGUGCCUGGAGCAGGGACAGGGUUCCCGACUGAGCAGGAAUCAUGUGGAACAUCUGCUCCGCUGCCUGGGGGCACACAUCCAUACUCCCAAUCGUCGGCAGCUGGCCCAGGAGCUGCGGGCGCUGCAAGCGCUUCUGCGGGCGCAGGGCCUUGGGUCUACACUUCUGAAUGGACCGCUCUUCGCCUUCCCAGAUGCGGUGAAGCAGAUCCUCCGCAGGCGCCAGAUCCGCCCACACUGGAUGUUUGUGCUGGACUCACUGCUCAGCCGCGCUGUGCGGGCAGCCUUGGCGGUGCUGGACCCCGAGGUAGAGAAGAAGGAAGUCUCAGGGGAAUUGAGUAAAGAAGGGGAGUCUCAGCAGAAGCAACAAGAAUCUCCUGUCUUGCGGAGUAGUGGACUCACAGAAGGAGAGCAAGGCCCGCCUCCUCUGAUAGUACAGUUGGGCCUCUUGCGGGCAGAGACUGACAGACUUCGGGAGGUCCUGGCAGAGAAGGAACGGGAGUGCCAGGCCCUGAUAUACCAGACUCUACAUCGGGUGAAUGCAGAGGCCAGGACCUAUGCCCUCAUCUCAGAGCCCCCAGAUGCCCUCCCAAAGGACCAGGGCUUGGUGCAGUGGUUACAGGGGCUAAAGGUGGAUUCAGGCACCAUCCAAACGCUGCUGAACCACAGUUUCACCCUCCGUGCCCUGCUCACCUGUGCCACUCGAGAUGACCUCCUCUAUACCGGCAUCAGGGGAGGGAUGGUAUGCCGCAUCUGGAGAGGCAUUUUGGCACAGCGAGCAGGAUCUGCACCAGUUACCCCUGGACCCUGGGAGUCUGAAUGAAGGCAUCAGAGGCAGAAAAGACCCAUGGACAGAUGGACAGAGAAGACUUGAGCAGCCUCUGACAUACCUGCGCAGGACCAGGGGCAAGAGCAGAAGACCAAGCAAAUGGGGCAGGGUAGUGCCCAGACCUAGCACUGGUGGGGGGAGCAAACUACGGAGGCAUCCAAGCACAAGCACAACCAAAGACUAUUAAACAGAACUCUUUCAUA